AUGCAUCGAUUCAAGGAAGGUGACAAGGUCAACUACAAACCUGUUGGUGGUGCACACUCCAAAACCAACACAAGCAUCGGAGUCAUUCGUGAAACGAUGACAGGCCGUAGCUCUGCCUCGGACAAUGAGCCGCGCUACAAAAUUGAGAACAUGAACACCCACAAGAGCUCCUCUGUCAAGGAGGGUAGCAUUGAGGGACCGGCGGAGUAG